GUUCUCUAGAUUUCUGGAAGAAAGCUUUUACUUUCUAAAUGGCAGAAUGUACAGAACCCCACCUUUUGUCGAUACCGGCGUUUUGGACAUUUACCUGGACAAUUGCUCUUCACCUAACACACAAAAGUAUAAUGAUCUCCUCAGUAGUCUAGUAGUUACGCUAUUUGUGACAAGGGUCACAUUCUUGAUGUCCUCAUGGUGCGGAAUUCUGAUGAUCGAGCUCUGUGUUAAAAACCCCAGGUUAUACCUGUAACAUCAGACCACUCAUUCUGUUCAAUUUACCCUGAAUCUGUUGUCCAAGCUCAAGAAGCUUCAAAACGCUGCGGCUCGCAUUGUCGCUUUGUCUAUCAAGCGUACCCACAUCAACCCUGUUCUGUUAGAGAUCGCAUUAUUUUCAAGAUUGUGUUGCUCACUGUUCACGCCAGUAAAACAUUCAACUCCGAUUUCAAUCUGCAGAUUCACCAGUGAUUCGUAACUGUUACUCGAAAUGGAUUGGCAUCGCAUCAUCUUUGUAUUCCUGGGGGUUCUUUUGACGCAGUGCAGCGAUCACCUGGUCAGAUGUGUCAUAACAGAUGUACGACUUGUUGGUGGUCCGACCUCCAAUAAAGGUACAGUUGAGAUCGGGAGAGACAACGGGCCGUGGGAGACAACAUGUGGAAUAGAUCUUGGUAUCAGUGAUGUCACUGUCAUAUGCAGAUAUUUGGGAUUCGCAGGAGCAAGCAGAGCAAUAACAGACACACCUUAUGCACAGAAUUCAGAUUAUAACAGAGGGUUACUUUGUAAUGGAGAUGAAGCUGCAUUAUCAGGAUGUAAAUUGAUACAAUAUCAAUGCCCAUUUAAGGCAGGAGCAGCUUCGUGUUAUGGUGAAGACUAUCUUGGGUGCUUUGUGGACAAAUCUGAUGAUCGACUUCUUAGUGGUGAUAGAUUAUAUGGUCAUCCAAGUAUGAGCAUUUCCUAUUGCAUCCAGUUUUGUAAAGAGUCAACCGCAGCGAACUAUAAAUACGCUGGCGUUGAAUAUGGAGAUCAAUGUUACUGUGGUGAAACCAGUGAUGACUAUACUAGACAUGGAGUGGGAACAGAUGCUCACUGUCAGGUCCCAUGUACAGGAGACCCUACCGAGAGCUGUGGUGGAUUUCAAUACAUAGCUAUCUUCACCAUUCACGUGGAGACUGUUGAGACGACACCCGCCGUCGUGUCAUCUGAGAAGGUAACCCAUGUUUCAACCGAGAAGGUAACCGAAGUGACCAGUCAACCAGGCUCAGAGCCGAUCAGUCAUACCAAGGAUGCAGUGACGUCAUCAUCAAUGGCCACACCCUUGUCCACGCCCACAACGCUCCAACAGAGUGGCCAUGGUUCUUGUGUGGGUGUUGGAGUUGGUGAAGGAGUUGUCAUUAUUUUACUGAUCGCGACCAUCAUUGUCUUGGUAAUAUACAUCUUCCGAAUUCGAAAGAAUUUUGACCCAAAUCAUGGUCACAUCACAGAUGAUAUGACUUUGGCCCAGGCCUCAAGUUCGCAUGACAAGGAUACCGGUUUCUACCAUGACAUUCGGGACAUCAGAACACCAGUCUCAACAUCAACACCUGCAGGCGGUUCUCACUACUCAUUGAAGAUAUACGACCAGACACGUGGGCAUGCCAUAGAUCCUGCCGAUACCGGUAUACCAACAGAAUCCACACAUUACUCUACCAGGAUCGAGAAAAACUGACUUCCCGCCGACACCGUGGCUAUGAAAAAGAAAGAAACUGGGAAAGAUAUAAUUAUGCAGAUCCAUGUAUUGAGUUAAUUCAAAUUUUGAUCAAAGUCGAAAAAAAUUAAUUCACCAGAGAGUCACAAAUGAUAAGAGCUAGAUAAAUGAUCUUUCAAAGCAUAAACAAUUAUCCUGAGCCAAAUAUAGUUACAAAGAUUAUUCGACUUUGCUGAUAACUUCUAGUAAAUGAAUUUGUGCAUACAUUGUUGUAUUUAGAUUAGAGAUGUAUUGCAUUUUUUAAAAAAACGUUUAUGUGAUUAGUAAUGUAUUCAUUGUGUCCUAUGUUUUGGGAUUUGCUUAAUUCAAAUUUAUUGAAGAAAGAAAAAAGUAUACAAAUACGGAUAAUAAUAAUAAUGAUAAUAGUAAUAAAUGGGUUGAUAUGUACAAAUAUAGCAUCUUUUCCAGAGGAUACAUUAGAAAUAAUUGUAGAGGUAUGUUUUCAGAUUUUUUUUUCUUGAAGGAGUCGAGUGAAGUACUAUUUCUGAGCAAUGUAGGGAGUUUAUUCCAAAGGCGUGGGGCAUUGGAUUGAAAAGAUUUGAAGCCACCCUGUUUUGGGGCUUUGGGAAUAAGAAGGAAAGGAGCUCAGACGUAGGUCGGAGUGAAUAUAAUAUUCUCUGCUGCUAAAAACAAUGA